AUGAGGACUGAUCCAAGCUUUGCUUUCCAUUCGUCCAGCACGGCGACAUCCACAAGCCAUAAGCUCACGCCAAGUCCGUUCAUAUCAAAGCCCUCAAUCGCUGUGCACAAGACUGAGGUGGAGAAAAAUUCGACCUUUGCCCCCAAUGAACUGAUGGACCCAGACAAGCAGUGCCCCAUUCACAAGAGACCCCACUCCUUCAGAAAGUGCCGUGGCUUCAGAGCAAAACCAUUGGAGGAAAGAAAGGCCUUUCUCAGAGAGCAUGCUAUUUGCUACAGGUGCUAUGCUUCUACUUCUCACAUGGCAAACGACUGCAAUGGGAAAAUUCGCUGCACCGAGUGUGACAGCGAUCGUCAUGUAUCCGCCCUUCAUAAUGGCCUGCCACCUUGGAAAAGAACUGAUUCUUUGCCUGUGGAAAACCAUGGCGGGGAGCAACCCAAUAAAGAGCCAUCAGGAGCUUCCACAAGUUGCACAGACGUUUGUGGAGAUGGUCUACCUGGAAAAUCGUGUUCCAAGAUAUGUCUAGCCAGCGUGUAUCCGCAGGGCCAACCUGACAUGAAGGUGAAGGUGUAUGUGAUGUUAGAUGAUCAAAGCAACCGCUCGCUUGCCAGGUCUGCCUUCUUUGACAUGUUCAACAUUAUUGGAGACACCUCUCCCUACGAACUCCGCACAUGUUCUGGCACAACAAGCGCUCAUGGAAUGAGAGCUAACGGCUUCAUAAUACAAUCAGCAGAUGAAGAAGUCCAGCUGGCCUUGCCACCACUCCUCGAGUGUGACUCUAUCCCAAACAAUCGAUCGCAGAUUCUUCUUCUACUUGGCAGAGAUGUAAUUCAGGUCCACAAGGUUCGCAGUCAGAGCAACGGACCCCACACUGCCCCCUACGCCCAACAACUGGACUUGGGAUGGGUCAUAGUGGGAGAUGUCUGCCUCGGGGGAGCUCACAAACCAGCCGUCAAUAGCUUCAAAACGAGUAUCCUUGAUAACGGCCGUCCACGCUACUUAACACCCUGUGAGAGCAAAUUCCAUGUGAAGGAAAUGUUCGUCAACAAGACUUCCAGACACGAGAAACAACAGCUAGAUAGUAUCGGUUCUGAUGUCUUCCUUGAGUCUCCUGAAUAUUACAAGUUGGCCCCGUCAGUUGAAGACGACACUUUCCUCUCCAUCAUGAAUGAAGAUUGUCAAACCCCCCGGCGACGCCUAACCAACAACAGACAACAAGUAGUGAACCGUCUUAUGUCUCUUCGUCGCACUCUUCUCAAGAAACCCGAGAUGAAAGACCACUACAUUGAAUUCAUGGACAAGAUCUUCAGCAGUGGUCAUGCAGAGUUAGCUUUACCACUCCAGCCAGGCCAAGAGUGCUGGUACCUACCUAGCUUAGGUGUUUAUCACCCGAAGAAAGCGGGCCAAAUAAGAAUCGUGUUUGACUCAAGCUCUCAACAUGACAAUGUAUCCUUGAACGACGUGCUACUCAGAGGUCCAGAUCUCAACAACAGUCUGCUAGGCAUUCUCAUUCGCUUCAGAUGUGAACCAAUAGUCAUCAUGGCCGAUAUCCAGCAGAUGUUCCAUAGUUUUCUCGUCAAGAAGGAACAGAGAUUACCUCCGCUUUCUUUGGUCUGA